AUGAGAUUGUAUACCAUUUUUUCAUUCUGUUGCAUGUUUGCAGCGUUUGUAUCUGCCUUGCCAUAUGCUUCCCCUGUUGAUGAUUCUGAAUUUGACUUGGGAUUAUAUUUAGAGGAUUUAAUUGAAGAAAGAGGAUUGGAAGAAUAUUUCGAGGGUUUCUACGAAAAUGAUGGCAUACAAAAGAGAGAUGAAAAAUCCAUUGAGAAGAUUCUCUUACUUGUUAAUAAUUCUGGCAUUAUAUGGGAAGCCUUAGAUGCUGUUGCUGGACAUCCAUCCAGAAUCCAGUUCCUUGCUAAUCAAACCGGGAAGCUUCUUAACUCUUCAGGAAGUUCAUUGGAUUUAUCAAAAUUAACUAAAAUGACCUCUGGCUUAAAUACUACCGACCUCCUCGAUAUUGUUAAAGAAUCAGGGUUGCUUACUUCCAUUUUAGAUGGUAUUUUAUUGGAUGAUGACUACAGACCAGUAUUAACCAAAUUAAUCGAAAGAGUUGUCAGACCAAAUAUGUUCGUCAUCUCGUACCUUAUCCAUAGCGUUUUCCAAAAGAGAAGUAUUGAAAAAAGAGCAGAUUAUAGCGGUAGUCUUGCAACAUUUGCCGAAAACACUCUUUCAACUGUUCUAGGAUCAAAGAUUUUCAGAAAUACAUUUGCUGAUAUUGUCAAUGCAUUAAAUGACACUGAAGUAGCAGUUUACACUAUCAAAAGAUUCAUAGCCGAUGAAAGCUACCAAAAUAUGACUGCUGAUUUGAUAAAAGACGUAUAUGAUACAGGAGCUGUUAAAUUAAGUGGCUCUCUUAAUAUCACUGCUAUUGUUGGUACUGCUGUUAGCAAUCCUAAGGCAAUUACAAACCUCAUUGCAAAGGUUUUAAGUGGCAACCUCGAUUUCGGUAGCUCCUUAGGAAAAUACUCCGGAGCAGUCAAGAAGAUCAUUAAAGAUUUAGAAAAUGACGGACUCUUCGAAGAAUUAAACAAUGAAGUAUUCCCAUCAUCUUCAAAUAAAGCCUCUUCUACUAAAACUGCUUCGCAAACUAAAAAAGAAAAGGCCGUAGUAGCUACUUCAACUUCCUCCAAAUCUGACAAAAAAGCCUUAACCAUAUCUAUGUACGGCAAUAACAAAGAAAAUAGCCCUACAUCUUCCUCAAAUUCUGGUUCAAUUAGCUUACAACAAAACUCGAAUAUUCCAAUUGUCAAAUGCUUACUUUACUUGCAAACAUUAGUCUUUGGUGGUGCUUUAUUGUUAAUCUAA